AUGAUUGAAGCAGCAUAUGUAACACAUAAAUAUGACUUUAAGGGCUUAUUCGCACAUGUUUUCAGUCCAAAAUACCUAUGGAUUCUUCAUCUUAUUAUUUUCUUACUCCAAAUUGGUUCAGUUAUGAUUUAUUCCAACUGGUGUGGAAUCCUUGUUAACAGAACACUUGGUCUCAAGUAUAAAGUACUUAAUUCCAAUAUCUUUUGGAAUUUUGUUUGUUCACUCUGCCUUUCAUUCCCAUUAACUAUACCAAAGUCAAUUGCAAAGCUCGAAGUUGUUGCUUCAGUCGGUUUUAUCUUGAUCUUCCUCUUAAUCUGUCAUUCCGUUUACUGGUUUAUCAAAGAUCUCAAGGCAUAUGGCUUUGAUCCAAACAAACAGUUUGUAUGGAUGAAAUGGGACACAUACAUUUUCAUUCCUUCCCUCGGUAUCAUUACAUUAGCUUACAAUUACAUUAUUAACUUGUUCCCAACACUCGAACAUCUUAAAAACUGCACAAUUAAGCGCGCAUAUACCUUGAACGGAACAGUUCUUGUUACUUGCUUCAUAUUAUAUGCAAUUCUUGGUGUAUGUACAUACUUAGACAAGUUUGAUGUUCUCCAAGCAUCAUCAGCUCUUGAGUUAUACCCAGCGUCCAACCGAUUUACGAUCGUUGCUACAGUUUGUGUAGUUUUCAUUUUAAUUAUUUCCUCACCCCUCUUCAUUUGGGCAGCUAGAAACUCAAUUGAUGCAAUCAUCUUCAAAGAUAAGGAGAUGACAACAUUAAGAUGGGUUUUGACAGGAUUUAUCUUAAUGUUAAUUUCUGCAGGUUUGGCUGCAACCUCAAGCAAUAUUAUAAUCUUCUUUAAUAUUGUUGGAGGCCUAUUUAUUCCAGUGGUCGCUCUGAUUCUCCCUGCUCUAUUCUUCUUAAGAGUUACUCCAGGAAGAAAAUGGUACAGAACGGUCCAAGCCGUUAUUUCAAUGGUUUAUGCCAUUGCUGUUAUUGUAUCUUGCACAUGGCAAACAGUAAUGAAAAUCAAAGGAAAGUAA